UUCCAGGCACCAUAGUGUUUUCGUGUGUUCUACGCCGAGAUUAAUCAGAUAAUUAUAAGUCUCUAGCCAUAGAUGCUUGUUUCCUAAACUGGGUAUGUAAUAUAUUCAUAAAUCCAGAACGUAAAAAAAAAAAAAACACAUCGCAUUGCGGCAUUUAAUCAAACACCUUGCGCGCAUAUACUUUUUUUUUCCGCAUUAUAAUAUAAAAAAGCUUCUAGUCAAGCUAGAGGCUUCGCCAGCUGUAAUCAGAGUCCUCCCGUUUCAUUGAAGUCGGCGAUCGCCGACCAACGUCCGUCACCUGAAUACGAAUUCAGAAGCUUCUCUUCUCAGGUUAAAGCUUGAAAAGGGCUAAGAUGAGUUUAAGUAGAGCUAAGGAUUUGGGGCUUCCGUUGAUGAAUCUUGUUAGACUUAAAGGUAUACCAAUCUUGGAGCAACUGCAUUUGGAAGAAAGGCUGCUUAGAACAUCUUCUCAUAAUUGGUGCAUUGUUAAUGAUGGAACCAAUGUCCCUACCAUUGUCAUGGGAAUGUCAGGGAAACCUGCUCAGCUUCUUGAGCUUGGACCUGUUAUGGAAGAUCGAGUACCGGUUAUUAAAAGGUUUACAGGAGGAGGAACUGUGAUUGUGGAUAAGAGUACUCUGUUUGUGAGUUUGAUUUGUAACAAGGAUGAUGUUCCAAAUGUCCAGCCUUAUCCUCGUUCUGUCAUGGCCUGGAGCGGUUCGUUGUAUGGUGAAGUGUUUAAGGGUAUUAAUGGUUUCCAACUACGUGAGAAUGAUUAUGUUUUUGGUGAUCGUAAAUUUGGUGGGAAUGCUCAAUCAAUUAUAAGGAAUAGAUGGAUACACCAUACAUCAUUUCUAUGGGACUACAAUGUGAGAAACAUGGGUUACCUCAAGCUACCUUCGAGAGUGCCACAGUACCGGUUGGAAAGAGAUCACACAGAUUUCGUGUGUAGAAUGAAGGAUUACAUUGAAAGAUCUGAUUUUGUUGAGAAGACAAUAAAGGCUGUUGGAAACCAAUUCACAUUGAAGCAAGUGAACCUUAAGGAUAUAGAUUCCUACACAGAAGCAGAAAAUAAUUUGAAGACCACGAGGCUGCUUACAUUGGAAGAACUCGAAAAAGCAAUGGCUGACACCAGUUAGAAUGCAUGACAGUAUUGCUCAUGCUAGUUAAGUUUUACUCAUAUGGAAUGCAAAACUGCUAUAGAUUUUUUUUGGUCAUUGAUUCUUUACCUUGGGUUAGAACCAUUACUUUUGUCUCCAUUCAUGGCCUAACUCAGAAUUCUUAAAGAUAAAUAUGUGCUGGUGUUUAAUU